UGUAGCUCCGCCCCGCCCGCGCGGCUGUCUGUGCUGUGUAAGCACUUGCGAUGGCUAUAGCUCUCUAGCUAGUUGAAGACUGAAGCUCCCCUCGCGGCCCUGGUCCUGAUGGCGGCGGCGGCAGCCCUAGCAGCGGCCGGCGCCCCUCCUGUCAUUCCGCAGGCGGCCGGAGCCGGAGGGCCAAGUGCCCGCCGAGACUUCUACUGGCUUCGCUCCUUCCUGGCCGGAGGUAUUGCGGGAUGCUGUGCUAAAACAACAGUUGCUCCUUUGGAUCGAGUAAAGGUUUUAUUACAAGCUCACAAUCAUCAUUAUAAACAUUUAGGAGUAUUUUCGACAUUGUGUGCUGUUCCCAAAAAGGAGGGAUACCUUGGACUGUAUAAAGGGAAUGGUGCCAUGAUGAUUCGAAUCUUUCCCUAUGGUGCCGUCCAGUUUAUGGCAUUUGAGCAUUAUAAAACGUUGAUUACUACAAAGCUGGGAAUUUCUGGUCACGUGCACAGAUUAAUGGCUGGAUCCUUAGCAGGUAUGACAGCAGUUAUCUGUACUUACCCUCUUGACAUGGUUAGAGUACGCCUAGCAUUCCAAGUGAAGGGGGAACACACGUACACAGGAAUUAUUCAUGCAUUCAAAACAAUUUAUGCAAAGGAAGGCGGUUUCCUUGGAUUUUACAGAGGCCUGAUGCCUACUAUAUUAGGAAUGGCUCCGUAUGCGGGUGUUUCAUUUUUUACUUUUGGUACCUUAAAGAGUGUUGGGCUUUCCCAUGCUCCUACCCUUCUUGGCAGACCUUCAUCAGACAAUCCUAAUGUCUUAGUUUUGAAAACUCACAUAAACUUACUUUGUGGUGGUGUUGCUGGAGCUAUAGCACAGACAAUAUCCUAUCCAUUUGAUGUAACUCGUAGGCGAAUGCAAUUAGGAACUGUUCUUCCAGAAUUUGAAAAGUGCCUUACCAUGCGGGAGACGAUGAAGUAUGUUUAUGGACAGCAUGGAAUUCGAAAAGGAUUGUAUCGCGGUUUAUCUCUGAACUACAUUCGCUGCAUUCCCUCUCAAGCAGUGGCUUUUACAACAUAUGAACUCAUGAAGCAGUUUUUUCACCUCAACUGAAAAAAAAUUAUGAUCUCCUUUCCUUAACAAACUCUCAGAGGGAUAAAUAAAAUGUUACUUUAAUUUUGGGGAGAACAUUACUUGAAGGGGGAUAUUUGCCCUGUCACAGGAACCACUGGUAUUUAGUACUUGAUCUUUUUUAUUCAUCACAAAUCAAGAGCACUUACUAUACUUUGAUACCAAGAGCUGCACCAUAGAACACUGAGAAAAAAUUCCUAAACUGAUGCUGGCUAAUCAGUUAGGUUGUUUGAAAUCAUUUAAAGAUGUUCUUAGGAAGUAGAACUAACUUAAAAUUGGAUUCAGAAGGUUGCCAUUAGCUUAUAAUGCUAUUCCAAGCUUUUCAUUGUAAUCAUGAUUGUCCAAGAUUCUACUAUUGGUUAUUAUCAUUACAAUAAACAGGCUUUGCAGCAGAAUGAAAAGAAAUGAACUUUUAAGUUAUAUAAACCAUAGCUGAGAAGCCAGCAUUGGGAUAUUACUAUUUAUCUUCUUAAAACUGCUCCACUGGGUAAAGAGACAAAACUCUUUUUCUCUUCAUUAAAAAAAUAGUUGUAUUUAAAACGUAGUCAUGUAGAGACUCAGCAAUAAAUGAAGAAUUUUUAGGUAUUGCUCAAAUAUUAUUACCAGGUAUUGUGACUGAUUUAUAUAUUUUAAAAAGUCAGUGUAUUUCCCAAAGGCAGUAGUAGUAAAUACUGACUGUCUGCUUUAAAAACAGAUUAACAUUAUAAAUUUGUUAAAUGAUUUGGUGUAUAGUAGAAAAUAUGUUUCAGUGGACCGUGAAGUAUCCAUUAACAUAGAUAUGAAUGUCAAAGACUGUCUCUAAAGUAUUGUCAUGUUACAUACACCAACUAGUUCUUCCAUGGAAAAUAAUUUUAGUGCAAUACAAACUUAAGUAGCAAUGCAAAAAUUAUUUGAAUUGCUAUCCUUUAUAUUGAAAUGGUUUAAAAUGUAAGAGUUCCAUUGAUUGUAUUUAGAGUACUUUUUAUGUCUUAUUAUAAGCAUGACAAAAAUGGGAGGGAAACAGUUAUAGUUUUGUCCUCAGAAGUAGUGAUUUGUAAAAUUGAUGUGUAUUUAAGACAUUAGAAAACCAAGUUGAAAGUGUUAUUUCUGUUUCAGUUUUUAUUUUUUGUAUAAAAAAUUUCUUCUCACACCUUAGUAAAAAUUAGAUGAACUGGUUUCAUUUUCAAAGCCUUUAUUUUAAAACAAAUAUGUAUCUUUGUAUAAUUUUGUAAGUGUGCACGUGGAAAUACAUGUGUUCCUCAAACUAUUACUUAAUUUUUACUUUUUUCCUUUUUAUUGAAUUUAUUGGGAUGUCACUGGUUAAUAAAAUUAUACAGGUUUCAGGUUCACAAUUCCACAACACAUCAUCUGUACACUGUAUUGUGUGUUCACCUGAAGUCAAGUCUCUGUCCGUCACCAUCUAUUUCCCCCACACUGUCCUCCACCCCCACCUCCCACCCUGUGAUUACCGCGGUCAUCCCUCCCCCACAGCUGCUCUCUAUCUCUGUGUCCGUCUCUAUCCUAAAACUGUUUUGUAUAUUUUAAAAUCUAGAUUACACUGUAACUAAAUAUUGUCAUCAAAUCUCAAGGUAAUUUAAAUGUAUAAAAUAAGUAUCUCAGUUACGUUAUCAAUAAAAAGGACUGAAAAUAUUUUUAAAAUACG